AGCCAUUUUGGCUCAGAGCCUGCUUGCCUCCCGUGCGGCGGGCCGCGGUCAUGGCCGACCCGAUGGCGUCGGCACUCCUCGAGGCGGUGGUUCGUGCCGGCGGAUCUCGGCAGGUGGUGGCGGCGGUCGCGGUCGGCCUCUGGCGCGCUGCCCGGGCUGAGGUGGGCGGUGGCCCGCUCGAGGACAAGGAUAUCGAGGCGGAGGUGCAGGCGCGUGUCCAGCGCAUCCAGCCCGUCCUGAGGGCGAAGGUCGAGGCAGCGGCCCAAGGCAAAAUGCCGUGCGUCGACGGCGGCGUCCUGGCGAUGCGCAACGUGGCCGAGCACGACAUGUUCGGGGAGGGGGCCGAGGCGCUCCCCAAGACAGGCCUGGAAGCGAAGAGGCGCCAGCGUCAUGGGCGCAGGCGGGCCGCCAAGCUGGACAGCUCGUCGGUCUCGGAGGUUGAGGUGGACGACGGCAAGAAGUUCCAGCUGGAGAAGCAGAGCUUGGUCUCGGAGAUCCUGGUCCAGAGGAUGGAGUCGAUCGAGAAGGCGGUCAAGAGCAUUCUCGACGGCUCGGUGAAGCUCCCGUGCGAGGGACAGUGCGACCUCGGGAACACGAAGGAGGUGCUUGAGGGCAUCGCCAACCCCAUCGACCCGCAGGAGAUGUACCAGGACGACCAGCUGGCGAAGAAGAACGAGGCCCAGAAACAGAACAAGUACGAGGCGCCGUACGCCAAGGAGAAACAGUUCUUCGAGGGCUGGGGGGACCCCCAGGAGCUGCAAGACCUCCAGCACACCCAGGAGGAGAAGGACCUCUCGGCUUCGGUGCUGGCGGCCACAGUCAAUGUUCAAUACCUCCAAGAGCAGCUGGCGAAGGCGGAGCAGGCCUUACAGGAGGCCGCGGAGUGCGCCUACGAUUCGGGGUUGAGGCCCAAGGACUAGGCCAGCAGUCGGAGUGCGCUAGUGGCGCGCGCGUCGGCGGGGCUCGGCUGGCACGGGGCGUGGGCUCCCAGGUGGCGGAAGUGGCAGCCGCGCCACCCUGGGGAGCCCAAGGAAGAGGACAGUGUCCGCUAUCAGAGUCUUCAGAG